AUGAGUCAUCCGGAGCACUUUGGUAUAUCAUAUGCCAAUAUUGUGUAUGCAUUUCUCGUCCGUGUCGAUGGACUUCAUAUCAAUGAUUCAAUUAACCAAAUGUUUAGAUCCAACUCCAGGGAGAAGAAAACUCUCAUCGAAUUUCUGCUGAAGAAAAGGGGGAACCAUAAUAACGCUGUCCUACUUGAUAAAGAUAGCGAUGAUACCGAGUCAAGGUUGCCCUUGCGUGGGACAGCGAUGGCGGAGCUGACGAGGUUGGCUGGAGAGGAUUUGGCUCAGUGGACUCACAUAGUGAAGGGGAGAUAUUGUGCUCCCUCUUUAGAAGAAACAAAAUCUGCGGACUCUACACACAUGCGGUGGCGAUUGACAACUAGUGAUGUUGUAGCGCAGCUCACGAUGGUACGAAACACUUUCAUGGCCAAUAUUCUUGACUUCAAACGCAUGAGUGGAACCACAGGGCCUUCUUCUUCUGUCCCCAAUAACGAGGCACUGGGGACAUUGGGAAACAUCCCGGUUUCCCUCCUAGACGUGUUGCAUGAAAACGUCGUGGCGGCUAUCAAGGACUCAAUCUCGAAACUCUGUACACGAUUAAGGAAAACAUGCCCACCAGGAUCUCUAACCAGGUCCAUGGUUGCAGUAGACUCGCACGUGACAAGUGGUGCAUCUGCACAAUGGGAUUGGAGUGAGGCUCAUUUAUUGGCCAGUGUGGUUGAGUUGGUGUGGGCGUUGAGUGUCUCUGUCGUACUUGACGCACACAAUGCUUCUGCCGUGUGUGCAGGUGGAUUGCUUUAUUCAUGUCGACUUUUGUGCAGCGACGCGGAUGCUUCCGGCGCCAAUAAAAAUGAUUACGGUUCACAGUUGUCACUUCUCCCACCGGUGUUUUUCCUGACACACGAUCUUGCAGUGAAAUUGGAGGCCCAUUACCAUGCGGUACUACAGAGUGCAGGUUGCAGCAUUGUGUCACCGUCACGUGUGUACUAUUCCUUGCUCUCUAGCUCUUGCUACGACCUUUUAUCUCAAAUUGAUGAGCAAGCUGUUAGAGGGCACUGUAUGAGUUCGGUGCGUCUUUGUGUUUCGUUGCUGAAGGAAGCACGUCUCUCGUGCGAAACUUGGGAAAGUGUGAGGUGGGAUGAUAUUGUAAGUAGGGUGAGGUCGGGUAUUCCUCAAGCAAACCGUCAGGUACUUGUGCAGGACUUGGAAUGCCUUUGGCACUUUCACCGCAACUGGUCUGAAAAAACUAGGGGUGGUAGAACUUCUUUGACUAAUGACGCACAGGUGGGGGGUCUCCCAAUCAUUUUGAGUGGAAAGCUGCCAUCGUUUCUAUCUACUCGAUUUCAAGACUUAGCGACGGAAUUAUUCAGCAAAUGCUCAUCCCUGAAGUCGGUUGAGGCCUCAAAAGGAACAAAAGCCGUGGAAAGUAUGUUUGUUACUGUUUUCUUCGACGCACUAUAUAUGUGCCACAUUUUUCACAAUGGUCCAGGUAGCGUGGAUUCACUUGUAGUAUUACUCGUUCUUGUGAAGAAGAUACUGCCACAUGCGAAGAAGGAGAAGCGACUACGUGGUGUCGUCACAUUGCUACUUUUGGGUUGUUUGUUUCCGCAACCUGUACCAGACAACGGCAAUACCAAAAUACAUGAUCAGUUGGUGGGUUCUUCGGGGCAACCGAUAUCCGAGAUGCUGCUAGGCGAAUUAGACUCCUGGCGAAAGUGCAAAUAUUCCAUGUGGUAUGCUAUUUCCGUUGCCGCGAUGCUGGGUUGUGUGUCCCCAGCAUCUCUUUUGAAAAAAAUGCCGAGCUUUUUGAAGACAUUGAGAAAUUUGUUCUCUUCGGUUGAUAAUAUAGACAGAAGCUCCAUUCUUUACUCCACGUUACACGUUGGUGGGCUACUUGUUGAUCUGCACCUAAGAAACGCGACGGCAUUGGCUGAAGAUGUAAAGAGCUGCACCGAGUGCUUUCUUUACUAUACGGAAAAGAUGUUGGUGAAGGACCUACACAACGAAAAGUGGCGGGAAGGCACUGGUGCUCCGGCGUGCAUUAUGGCGGCAUCAGAUUUGUUAUUGUUUUGCCUGCAGCAGGAACACUUCUACCUCAAAGCAACAGGUUGGCUGUUAAGGUUGCUCGAUUGCAGGAACAAAACAAGAGGGUCUGUAAAAAGUGUAAAGGGUCCGACCAUCUGCUACGGCCAACUCAUUGCCAUGCGCGCGCUCUCUGCGCUCUGUGAGUUGAAGUACUUUUCAGUGGACUCAAAGAUGUCUGAGAAGAAAAAUGGCACUAAGAACGCUGUACUUGCAUGUAAUUUAAAUUGUGGGUAUCACAACACUGUUGACGAGCUGUAUGACGAUUUUACCGAUACAAAAACACAGAUUCGAAGUAAGAUUAUGGGAAUGAUAUUUUACCGCGGUUCGUGCUAUAACUAUGUCGUCACUACGGUCGAAGGACCCACUGCACUUUGGCACGAAGGUCACUUGAAAAAUUUGCUUACUUUUAUAAAGUUUACGAACAACAUACGAACCGCUAUUAACGAUAUACGUAAGGCAGCCUUUGAGUACCUAAAUGAUGCUGCGCAGGAGAGUUCGAUGAACGGUACAAGCGAAUUCAAGCUUCAACUUGUUAGUGUUCUUAUUGUCGCUGGUUUUUUCACUUCUGCAUGCGCUAUGCUCGAUAGAAGCCUCACGCUACCGAAACUUCUUGUGGGCGCAGACUCACAACUCAAGGAGGCCGUUGCUCGUGUGGUGUUGCCGCUUUACCUGAAGAGCGGAAACAAUAGCAACGGGAGUAGUUACGGGAGGCGAAGCCUUUGUAGUUGUGCCUUCGCGAUAUACAGGCUGGCUGAGAGUGUUAUCGACGUACUUGUUAGUGAAGAUAAUGGGCGUGUGGAAGAGUUGGUGAAGUAUCUUACUUCACACCUGCUAGAGCUUAGAGACGAAAUGGAGUACAUAACCCUCAACGACAUGUACGUGCGAACGGCUCAUGAUGAUGUCAAGGAUUCACCUCAGUUGGGUCGUCGAUGGGAUUUUUUUUCCGCGGGGGCAGAGGUGGGGGCAUUUAACUGUGCUGUAGGUUCACGCAGAGACAAAUGGAAUUGGCUGUUAAUACCCAUGAACAUAAAUGUUGACCAACUGGAAGCAUGCUCUUCUUCGCCGGAAUCAGAGGGUUGGUAUGUAGUGAGGGCACUUGAAGGCACAACGCUCAUGGACGCACUUGAAGGGUUAGCUAUCAUUCUACUUGGUCACACUCGCCGCACUGUGCGGCAGCAGGCGCUCCUGCAGUUGGACAUAUUAGCUUCUCUACUGUCUCUGCAGCGCGUCCAUUGUGGGGACCAACUCUCAACGAAUGAGGAUGCUGUUGGAAGGACUCACAAUGCUCCCGGGACUUCUGCUGGGAUGAGGUUGGGAACUCAUGGCCACGAAGGAGCACAGAAUCAACGAUUCACGGCUUCUGAGGUUCUAAAGGAGGUUGGUGAAAGCUUCGAAGAUAUGUACUUAUCACUGGAGGAGUCUUACAUCCCAUUUCCCGCAAGUACCAGCUGGCAUCCUAAGUCUGAAAGGCACCAAAAGGGAAUGGGAUAUGUGGAAGAGAGGUCAUUCCGGACGCAUAUAGGUGUAGUAGAAUCCUCACGCGGGACGCCUGCGGAUGUUGAAAUGCACAUUCGUGUGAACAACUCGGGGAGCCCGCUGGUCUCAACUCCACUUGGCGACCGCUGCAUGAUGGCGGAUAGUGAGGCAUAUCUCCUCAUAUUCGUGUCUGCGUUAGCACUUGUUCUCGCAACCCACUGUUACUACCCUGGCUCCGCGCUUGUGCGCGUGACGUGUGCCCUUGCAGGGGAAAUAGUCCAACGUGGUUUGAAACUCCACAUGGAGGGAAAACUACCUCUGUGGAGGUCUUGCUAUGUUUUGAGGUUCUUGAUAUUAUCUGUCGAUAACACCAAAAGCCUACCGGAUGCAAAUCGCGUGACAGCUGGAGGCGAGCGUAAUCGACCCGGGCACCGGCAUGGCGGAAAUACUACGAUUGUGGGUAAUUUUGAUGACUACAAAGAAGUAACGUGGCAAAUUAUUAGUCGAUAUGCGGAAUACAACAAGUUGAUGGAUGACAUCACAGUGCCCUUGAUCACGUAUGGAGUGAGUUCUACUACCACGUUCUCCUUUUUUGAUGUUUUGCAGUUUCUUCAUCUUGGACCACUUGAAUACACAUGGACACGGGACACGCCACUCGUUACCUUUCCUGGUGUGAUGGACAGUAACCAUCCCCUCAUCAAGAGCCUUCGAGAUAUCCUGUACAAAUGCAACUGUAGCCACUCAGCGAAGGAUGCGGAACAUAAGGCCUGGGCGUGUUUAUCUGUUUUCUUGCCAACCCUUGUGGUUGUGGGUCGCCGCUUCUUUGUAAAACCUCCCAUUAUUCCAAGCCGUGAGCAGGAGAAAUUAGCCAUACAGCGUACGCAAAUGGAGAAGAUUAUUGUUGGGACUAUUGAUUUUCUGUUGCUUGGUAACACACGCCUGUUUGAAGCUGGUGAGAACAUUGAAGAACAACAAGAGCUUCAGGCAGAAACUCUGUUUCAAAUACUCGACGAGGGAAAUGGAGUGGCCGCGCGCUCUUGGCUUGCGCUGUCACGGAGUCUUCCAGCUACGAACAACGGUGAUGAGUUGAGGGCUUCUUUCAGCCGUAACACAGUUGGGGGAGCGAUGACCAUUAUUUUCCUUCGUGGUUUGUUUUACGACUUGGUGACAUUGAUAUUUUCAAAGGAAACGAAGUACCUGGAAACACAACUAAAGAGCAUAUUGCUUCUCAAAGUAUUUUACAGCCUGACACAUCAGGUUCAGUGGUUUCUCGACAUAAACCCUUUGCAAGUCGAUGACAACCCCGAGGCGCAGUUGCAUCCGAAUGUUCUAGUUGCCAUGGAGAAGGGUGUUCUUGCUUUGCAAACGGUUAUAUUAUCAAUGGAGCAACUUACAGGGGGCUCUCCGAGUGCGACCGUAGCCAGUAUUGCAAACAGUUUUUCAGAGAAUUUCCUGAAGUGGUUGCAGCACGCUCUACCGCCAAAUAACACCAACCUCGAGGGUGACAUGCCGUGUAUCUUCAAUAUCGCGGUGACGCUUCUAGUCGCUGACGCUUCAUCAUGGGAAUCAAUGCGUCGUGUGCUUCACCAAGAGCCAGUUGAUAGCCCAGUUCACAGGUCACUGUUCUCCAUAAUGGUAACUGCCUUUUCAGUUCUGUGGGGUCGUCUAGAGCGGACGGUGACGUCACCGAGGGUUUGUGUAAAGCGUAUAUCCUACCAAACGCGUUCUGAUGCUAGCUCAGACGCACGUGCAAGUUUGCUGGGAAGCGGCACAAGCUGCGACGGCGUGAACAAAAUGAUAGUAACCAACAGCUCCUUAAUCUUUUACGCAUUGAUGUAUUCGUACGAAGAGUCUUCCGUUGGACCUGUUUUUGAUCCGAUCGUUCGUUCCAAGGCGAAGGCGCUACUGCAGUUGCUCUGUGGAGAACUGCUUAUAAAUGAUACAAGUGGCGAGGAUGGGUUUGCUCGUUGGUUUUACCUCCUUCUCAACGCAACACGAAUGCAAAGGGAUAACGUGGACGUAUCCGGUCAGCUUUUGCAAAAUUUCUUUACAAUGGCGAGCUCUAUCAUCCUUUCCGCAGGGGCCACGGUUUCAUCUACAGCUCCAAUACACCCUGUUUCAGUAAAAAUAGCACUCAGGCUACUGUCUCUGUUUGUGCGACAAGUGGAAGCUACAGAAGAAAGCCUUCGCACUAUGUUAAAGGUUACUCAGGCAUGUCGAAACUCAAUUUCGGAUAAUUACAUUGCUGAAGUAUGGGGUGGUUGGAUUGCAUAUGAAGGUGCCGGAAGGGAUCGCUUCAUUGCAGUCCUCGUGACAUCUAUGAUAGAUAUUGCUGAUAAGAACACUAUUGCCUACUACAUUGAUAGAUUUAUUUCCAGCGAAAAGUUGUCACAGGGGGUGGGAGAGGGUCGUGUAAGCCUGGACUCCCAGAUACAGAGCACAUACUACAAUUUCUUUUUGUUUUCAAUAUAUCAAAUGAGGCUUCUGAACCAAAGGCACGCGUCAAGUGCGCCAAGUAGUUCCACAAAGUACGACACUGCGCUGAACGACAUCGCUUCAGAGUUUUCAAAAGAUGAUAGAAUCGCACCCAGUUACACAGCGAUGUCGUCGGUGAAUUGCAUAAAUUUCGAAAUGUCAAUCGGCCGCUGUCCCAACGUUAAUGUUGCUGGUAAAGGUAAGAUGGCAUGGAUUGCCGAGGAAAACAUCUGGCACGGACUUCAGAGGCUAUCACAAGAAGCAGUAAGAGGCCGUGCUUUUAGUACGGUGCGGAGAGAGAGAUGUUCAGGUCGUACAUGUCUUUCCCCGAUGCCCCUUUACCCAGACGAUGUGGAGACCUCUUUGGAGCUAAGUUUUGUGAAACCACUCGUAAGUGUUCUAUUUUUCGCAUCUUGGUCAAUUGAGCGACUGCAGGAGCAUGGCCAACGCCUAUGGAUGGAAAUUUAUCGUGACCUCUCUGCCCUUGGAGAAUUUACGAGUGUUGCAGGGUCUUGCGAAGUAAAGAAUGAACGGCAUGUCGUAUCCUCGUCUUAUCCAUCACGUGACGUGAUCAUUAGCCUCGCGAAGCGCGAUGCAACUGAUGCUGAUGAAGGAAGUUGUGUUGAGGAUGAACAGGAAACGGGAUCGGUGGUGCAACAGAGCGAGGCAAGCUCUGAAAGUGACGAUAAUACGCUCGUUCAGAACGACGGAAGUAAUUUUUCCUCUUCAGAAUCAGAGGAGGCGGGUGCUUUCCGAGCGUCUGAUGAGAAGAGCGUGAUUGACUACGGAUCGGUUGUAGAGCACUGCAGUACUGAAAGUAACGGCACAGUAGUUGUUCAUGGCGGUACUCACACAACUUUUGCUGCUGAGCGUACAAUUACUGUUGAAAAGGAUGACAAACAGUCCGAAGAAAGGAAGCGGCGGGACCACUUGAAGAGGAAGAAGGAUAUAUAUCGCGUCGCGCACAGGGAUUAUCUUACUUUACACAUCCAUUUUUCAUGUAUGUUGCUCGCACACCUCAGUUCCGGUGUGUUGCACCGGUCAGAUGAGCGGGACGAGCCAGGCUCGCGCUUUUAUGUUGUGGACCUUGCUUUUAAGGUGUUGGAGAAGUUGCUGAAGGGGACCGUAACGGACCCGACGUACCGUGCUCCGAAUUCUACAAAGUACUGGUUGGAACUCACUCUCACAAGGUUAAGACAUCGUGAUUUGAUGAUGGCGCAGAAAGGGAAUGAAAUGCAGCAGAUAUGGGAAUGUUGGGAUACGUUGCUACUGGAAGAGUCGCUGGUCUUUGGCGAUUCAAAAUUAAAUGAGAACCAUGCUCAUUCCCCCUCUUCCACCGUGGAUAUUGUUUUCGCUGAGCUUUUCAUGGGAAUUACAGGGCACGGUCGAAAUGUGUUCGGACGACGGUUUCUUCAGCGUUGCCUCCAUGAUUCAUCGAAAUGGCUGACACAGGGUUUUAUGAUGGAAAACAGGGCGUGGCAACGGAGGCACCAAGUUCAUUCACAUAUUUCGCUUCUCUGCAUGAAGGUAAUUCGGAGCAUCUCCACGUGUCUCUCCCUCUCAACCGAGAACCUUCUUGUCGGCUGCGGCAGCCGACAUCUGUGGGUGGAAAAGAUGUCAAUGCAGCUGGCAGAAGCGAACCUGUUGCGUCACCUACUCGCAGUUUUGUCGGAUCGUGUGGGGGCGAACAGCACCGUCCAGUCGGGUGCUAAUCCUCAGCAUAUAGUGACGAACAAAAGGUAUGUCCCGUGCAUUCCUGUCAUAACAACGCUGGCGUGCCUGCUGCGCGACAUAACGAUCCAUGAGAUUCUCUAUUCCUCGGAAUCUCAGAAGCAGGGGAUGGACAGAACGAAGCCUGAGGUUUUGGCAAUUGCGACCCCGUUUGGAAGCAAUAGCUCGUUCCCAAGCAGUUACCUUGUUUCAUGUUUCUGGGCUGGUUUCGCACUCUUGUUCGCUUCUGAUGCUUGGUCCUCGGUAUGUGACUUGCUGACGGUUUUCCACAGACAUGGAUGCUUGAAAUUUCUUAACGUAAUACCCAAACCUCCUCCCUGCUCGUCGGGUACCUUCCAAUUAACCGUCCUACCGGAGUGCGCAGCUGUGCAACUUGUGCUCCUCCAGCAGGGAAGGCUUACGGCAAAGCAAAAGAGGGAUAACGAUGAACUGCGCAGUACCAUAGGGCGUAACUAUAAGCACAACACCGCUGUAGUGCUGAAGUAUUUAAGUGAAUUCAGUCAGGAUAAUAGUGGUAGUGCGGCACUGCUGGCCUUCUCCGAGCUGGUUCUCCUAUGUGACUGGGUGUCCCUUAAUUUGGCUGGGUUCAGUCCGGAGGUCCUCAAGACACUGCACGUAGAAGAAUCGAAAAGCAGAGAGAACAGCACGACGAACCUUGUGAGGAGCAACGCCGACCUUGGUGGCCCACCAGUGUAUUCCCUCUGGGAUUGUCUAGGACUGUUUGGCGAGACGUGGAAGCAGUCGUUAGUGGUGUUUUCGGGUGGUUCUGGUAGUUCGCUGAAGAAUUUGUCGUUGCGGAUGAAAUAUGUGCUGGAUGAACUGUUUCGAGUGUGCUCGGAGGUAUUCAACGUUCCCUCGGUUGAAAUGCUUCUUAGCCGUGUGGAUUUGAGUAAGCAGAAUGGUGUUCAUCCCGGAAGAUCGUUUUCUGGCCCGGGACUGGACGACAUUGACGUUUGUUCCCUUCACAGUUGCACGGAUACGGCAGAUGAUAGGUGCUGUUUGUGUGAGGACAACGUUCUCUCUUUCCAACAAUACUUUGAGAUUCUCGUUGUACUCCCGUUUAUGUCACUGUUCCGGUCGCACCACACACCCUUCCCGAUGUGGAGUAAACUUCUUUCGUUUGUUUCAGCGCUUCUAUGGUACCAUGAGCGUGGUCAUACGUACAUUACGGAUCUCCUCUUGAAAUUUCUUCCCGAUUUGGAAACCGCCCUUGACGAUGUCACCAUGCAGAAUGCCUUAGUAGAUGUCAAUGAGGUUCCCUUAGUCGACAGGUUACUCGUUUCCGUUAUAGCCGAGGAAGUAUUGGCCAAAGCGGAAUGCCUUAAGGCUUGCCGACCCGCGAAGCAGAAAAACUUGGUCUAUGAUAGUCGACGCCACCCUUUACCGCUAGUUUCCUUGAUCGACAACGAACAAGUCAUCACCGACAUUGUGAAGUAUCUCGUAGAUUCCUUCUCCACGUCUCUGGGGUCAUCAGCCGUCAAUUUGCAUCAACUCUCUGCUGUGUCCCUUGGGAGUGAGAACGCGACCGCCUGCCGGUACCACAGCACCAGCAACAGAACUAAGGGAACUGAUGGGGAAGGGAUGGUAAAUACUGAUGGAAAAUCAGCUGGCGAAGAGAGGAGUUAUUUGGACUGCGAAAAUGUUGACCGUCAAGAGCCCGACGAGCAAACGGAAGAAGCAUGUCCCACCGCCGGGCAGUUCUCUGAGCAAUCAUCUGAUUGUUACCAGGAGUCCGAAUCAGGGUUGGGGACGCGCUCGCAUCGCUUUGGUGCAUUUGUGUACGAGACCCUACCCCAUGCGGUUGGCCCCUCACACCAACUUCACCAGCUUCCCAUUGAGAACUACUGCUGCUACGUGGGCAAUACCUCAGUUGACCCACCAAAAGCCGAUGACGAGGGGGAACAAGCAGAUACAAAUAACAGUGGGCAGUUGCUAGCAACAUAUGGAGACGAUACUAGAACACAGUCGGCGUGCGAUGCAGACACGAUUUCCCGCACCUCCGGAAGGUAUAGCGCUUCAUCAGUUUCUGUCGAUGUCGAUGAGUGCUCAGGGUGA